CUCAAUCUCAUUCAUUCACCACCAAUUCUUGAUAUCCCUAAGCAUAUAUGCCCUGAAAGAACACCUGGUUCUUGUGGUUUGUGGGUCUCUCUUCUUUCUUGAAGUUGGUUCUAGUGAGUUGGUUUUGUCAAAGAAGAGACUUGAAGGACUUCAAAAAGUUGGGAUUUUCAGAUCAGUUGUCACAGUAUGCAGCUUCUCCCAGCAAAAAAGUUGCUUCUGGCUGGUGGCUGGCCAUGGCGGCCACAUUUGUAGUGGCCAGCCUUUUCUUUUUGAACUCCUCAGUCAAGAUUCCAUUUUUAUUCCCAGCUUUUCAGGGGCUUAACAGCUUGGGCAGUAGAAACAGUAGCAGCGAAAGGUCACAUCUUUACUGGCCAUUUUCUUUCUCACCUGUUAGUUCUUGCUGUAGCGGUGCUGGUUCUGGUGAUGGAAGUUUGAUGGAUUCUGAAGGAAGAAGAACAGGAGGUAUUGUAGAUACCCAUUUUGGUAAUUUCACUGAAAAUCCCAAAAAUGAAAGCUUUGACAGUAAAGAAGAGGAAAGUCCACGGAAGAAUUACUCUCAAAUUGGUAGGAGUGAGAGCUUUUCAAAUGUUAUUGAUAAAGGAAUUGUUUCCUUUGAAAUUCGCAAAAAUGAAAGUGUUUCUGGUGAAGGGCAAAAUGGUACAAAUGCUCAAAAUGGGACGGUAGAUUUGUUGAGAAUGGAAAUGAAUUUCUACAAGAAGGAAUGUGAUAUCUAUGAUGGUGAAUGGGUAAGAGAUGACACGAAGCCAUAUUAUCUUUCUGGCUUAUGCCCUUACAUUGAUAGGGAUUUUGAUUGCCACUUCAACAAGAGGCCAGAUGAUGGCUAUAUCAAAUGGAAAUGGCAACCUUAUGCAUGUGACAUCCCAAGCUUCAACUCAACUGAUUUUCUGGAGAAGAUGAGGGGCAAGUCACUGGUCAUCGUAGGCGAUUCAUUAAAUAGGAACAUGUGGGAAUCCCUUGUUUGCAUGCUCCGUGCUGGCGUCCACGACAAGAAUAGAGUUUAUGAGAUUUCAGGGAGGAGCAAGUUUAAAAAGAAGGGCUUUUAUGCAUUCAGAUUUGAGGAUUACAACUGCUCUGUGGACUUUGUUGGUUCUCCAUUUCUUGUCCGAGAAUCCACUUUCAAUGGUGUGAAUGGUUCUUUUGAGACCCUUAGAUUGGAUUUAAUGGACCAGACUACUCCAAUGUACAAUGAUGCAGAUAUUAUGAUAUUCAACACUGGUCAUUGGUGGACUCAUGAGAAAACCUCUAGAGGGGAAGAUUAUUACCAGGAAGGCGAUCACGUGCACACAAGACUGAAGGUUCUUGAAGCAUACAAGAGAGCACUUCACACUUGGGCUAGAUGGGUGGAUAGUAAUGUUGAUCCAAACAGAACUCAGGUUAUUUUCAGAGGAUAUUCCGCAACCCAUUUCAGAGGAGGUCGGUGGAACUCUGGUGGGCAGUGCCACAACGAAACCGAGCCAAUUUUUAACAAAAAGCAAUUGGCAAGAUACCCCUCAAAGAUGAAAGCCCUCGAGCGUGUCAUUCGUGAUAUGAAGACUCCAGUGGUCUAUAUGAACAUCAGUAGGCUUACAGACUACAGAAAAGAUGGUCACCCUUCAGUUUAUAGGGCAGAAGGUCAUAAUGGAGUGCAUGCUCAAGACUGCAGCCACUGGUGCCUGCCCGGAGUGCCCGAUACUUGGAAUGAGUUGCUAUAUGCAUCUCUAUUGAAGAGUGGGCGGGGCUCAUGGGCGAACUGAAUCCUGCCCAACCGAUUCUUGGUCGAACCGGACUGCAACGCAUCACCUGGGGUGUAAAGGGCUGCAAGAAAUGGCGGCAUAUGAAGCAACACUUUCACCUUCUUUAAGAGACUUCAUUUCCAAAUCCCAAAUCUUGUUUAGCUCCAUGUUCUCGUCUAUGAAGGGUGGAUUACUAGGGGGAGGCAAUUCUUCCUCCUGCUUCACGAGCAUACGCCGCACCUCAGACAUUGAUGGCCUUAGUGACGGGACUUCUUGUGUGCAUAAUAGCCCCACAUGAACCACCCUGGAAAUUUCUUGCCUUACAUUCGCAUUGCAGGAGAUCUAGCUAGUCCGAAAUCUGCAAUUUUUGCAUCGAAGUCUGAGUCCAGCAGGAUGUUGCUAGCCUUGAUAUCUCUAUGAAUGAUGCGCGCCUUUGAGUUCUCAUGGAGAAGCUUCUGGAACAGGAUUGAGAAAGUUGGUGUGGGAGUAUCUCAUGAAGCAUCCGGCGUACAACGCACGACCCUCCGACCAAGGCAGACAUUUCAACAUGGAUCUAGAAGCACUCCCCAAACAAGCUUUACAAGCACUGGCAUUCAAAGUCUUCCAGCAUUCUGCCAGCACAUAUGUUGCCUCCUCCACUCCACGCCUCCCAGAAACCGACGAUUCGACGCGGGCAUACCCGUCGUUAUCCGGCGCGACCAAAACCGCCUUCAACACCGCCUUCUUCGUUGCCUCUUGGAACAAAAAACCCUUCCUUUUUUUCUUUCCACAAAUGUGGGAGUCUUCCGGUCCGAGACUUUCUUGGAAGAAGUUAUAGACCUCGGCCCGGAUGAAGCACCCGUCAAGAUAGAUUCUUCCCCCAUUGUGGGGGAAGCACUGAGGCAAAACGGUGCGCGCUUCGGCAUAGCACAAGAGGCAGUCGACUGGGGAGAGAUCACCGUGGCAUUGUGCGAGCCCAUAGAGAGAGUCGUCUUCAGCUCUGGUUUUGAUCAUGGAGGACGCGCCCCACCCUUUGGCUCUCAUUUGGUCGCUGAGGUUUCCCAUUGUCGCGACGAAAGAUUGGAUAGAGACUGUUGCGUUGCGCAUCAGUUGGUCUCUGCAGAUCAUUUUGAUGAUUUGGGAUCGCGGGAAAGCGUCGGAUUGUGGAAGCAAAAGAGCCACCAUUGAAACUAGUAGUAAAGGAACUAAUGAUGAAGUUUUAGUGAAAGGGAUUGUUUGUAUCUUCAUCUUUUCAGCUUAGUUCUUCUUAUUCUGAUUCCCAACUUUUCAAUUAACAACCAAAAAAAUGAAUAUUUUAGAUGAGUGUGUGUAAGAAUUAAUGCAGAAUGGAAGAAUAAUAAUGGUAGAUAAAGGGA